AUGGAAACAGAAUUUGCAGAAAUUGCAGAAGAACCUGCAAAGAGUUCUAUUAAUGAAAGAAGGCCAGUUAAAAGGGUUACCUGGAGACCGCCACUGGCAGGAUGGGUUAAGUGCAAUAUUGAUGCAGCGUUUGUUGAAGUUCAUUUUGGAGGGGCAAAAAUAGUAGUAUUAAGAGACCACACUGAAAACCUUCUCACAGGCUCAAACUCCAAAAUAGUGGCCACCUCGCCUUUCGCUGCAGAAGCCUUAGCAGUUAGGGAAGUAUUAUUAAUGGCAAAAAACUUUCAACUGGAAAGAAUUAUCAUUAAAUCUGAUAGUUUGAUCCUCAUCCAAGCACUAAAAUCACAGGCAUUAAUUGUAGAAAUUCAAGUAUUUUUAGAUGAUAUUUCGGAUUUAUCAAGAAGUAUCUCAAAUUGUGGGUUCAUCUGA